ACGACUUACCUAUACCUCCUACAGUCCGUACCCGAGACUCGGGAUAUUCUAAGCCACGCUUUAAGUAAGCAGGGUGGUAUGCUAGCCAUCGCCUGAAUAGCUUAGAAACGACUCGAACAAAAGAAACGAAAUAAAAAGUACAAGACCCAACCAGAACGAUCCAUCAUCCAUGAUUUCCAAUUCCCGCUAGCUACAGGUACCUACUGAUGUAUCCCUCCUCAUCCUCCUGGUUUCGAAUUCUACUCAUAGGACUCCUCAUCGCCGCCACAAUUCCUCUCCUCGCUUCGCAAUCCACCACGCUCGCCCAGCUCUUGAACCGUACAAAGAGGUCCCUCAUUCUACCCUUUUGGACCGGUAGAAACAACCACAACUCCUCCUUUACCUCCAACAACACCAACACCAUUACAAGGAAUUUCCUCUCUCUUAAUAACAACAACAUCAACACAACAACAAUAAUGCCAGGCCAACGAACCCCCGUCUACUUCCUCUCCCAUGGAGGUCCCAAUAUCAUGGAAGAUACAAACCACAAAGCCUAUGCCAAAUUACAAGAAAUCGGCCGAGAAAUCACGCAACAGGUUCAGCCGAAAGCUGUGGUGGUGUUUAGUGCACAUUGGGAAGGAUAUCGAGAUACGAUUGAAGUGAAUACGGCAGAGAAUAUGGGUUUGAUUUAUGAUUUUUAUGGAUUUCCCGCCCAUUACUACGACAUGAAAUACCCACACACAGGCUCUCCCCAACUCGCCGCCCACGUCAUCGAGAAAAUCCGUUCGGCAGGAAUCCCCGUCGAAGGAGUCCGUCGCGGUCUCGAUCACGGAGUCUGGGCAUCCUUCAUGUGCGCCUUCUCACCCGACAAAAACCCGUUAAAUGUGCCGAUUGUGCAAGUUUCCAUUUCCGACAACCAUGAUCCGGAUCGGCACUACCAACUCGGUCGCGCCGUCGCAUCGUUGCGAGAUGAAGGGGUGCAGAUUAUUGUGUCGGGUAUGGCGGUGCACAAUUUGCGGGAUAUGGCGCGGGCGUGGGGAAGACCGGGCGCGUUGGAUUAUGUGUAUUCGUUUGAUAAGGCUUUGAAGGAGGCGGUGGAGAGGAAACCGGAGGAGAGGCAGGCUGCGAUGGCGGAAUUGUUGAAGCGGUCGGAUGCGAGAAAGGCACAUCCGACGUUUGAGCAUUUGUUGCCGAUUUAUGUGGGUGCUGGGGCGGCGAGUGAGGAGUCUGGGAAGCAGUUAUGGACUUUGCCGGAGGGAAGUAUGAGUUGGGCGCAGUAUCGAUUUGGAGAAGUUGGAGCUUGAAUAGUGAAUUAAAAAAUGUCCUUG